AUGUCUGUCUUCAUCAUUACAUUCGUUGUUUUCAUUUUAUUGUAUAUAACACAUUUCUAUUGGAAGGUAAGUAAAUAUCCAAAGGGACCAUUUCCAUUACCAUUCAUCGGAAAUAUUCAUCAGUUCCCUCCUGAUCAUGUUCAACUAUGGUUUGACGAGAUGGCAAAAGUCUAUGGGCCAUGUUUUACUGUAUGGAUUCCAUUCCCCGCAAUAGUAUUAGUAGAUUAUGAGCAUGUCAAAGAAGCGUUUGUCACCUUAGGUGACACUUUCACAUAUCGGGCUCAUCGCUCCCCGGAGACACUUCUUCCCGUUCAUGACCAUACUGGGAUACUGGCGUCUGAUGGUGACCAUUGGAGACUUCAAAGAAGGACAUCGCUCAAAAUUCUCCGUGAUUUCGGGUUGGGAAGAAAUCUGAUGGAAGAACAAGUAAUCCGAUCGGUACAAGAGAUGCUAAUUCAAGUGGAAAAUAUCACUGAUAAGAAAAAUGUUGAUAUGUUCUGGCCAAUUCAACUUUGCGUAGGAAAUGUGAUCAAUGAAACACUAUUCGGCUUUCAUUAUAAGUAUGAAGACUCGGAAAAGUUUAAGACUUUUGUGAGGGUUGUGGAUAAGCAUUUGAGACAUCUUCAAGGGAAAAUGCCUCUGUUGGUUUCGGCGUUCCCAUGGAUGCGUCAUUUGCCAAUUAUAGGAGAUUAUGGGUAUCACAACAUCAAGAAUAAUAUAUCGUCGUACCAAACAUUCAUUGAAGAGGAAGUUGCGAACCAGUUGAACAAAUAUGACGGAGUGAGUGAACCUGAGAACUUCGUCCACGCUUACAUGCAGCAAAUGAGCCAAACUGGUAAUCCCGGUCUUGAUGUUACAAACCUCUGUGCAUCAGUUCUUGACUUUUGGCUAGCUGGUAUGGAAACCACCUCCAAUUCCCUUCGUUGGCAUUUAGCGUAUAUGAUGAAAUAUCCGGAAAUCCAAGACAAAGUUCGUAAAGAAAUACUGGAAAAUGUAGGAACAUCUCGGUUACCUACAAUGGCAGAUAAACCAAACCUUCCAUACACCCAAGCAGUCAUCCAUGAAGUUCAAAGAUGUUCCAAUAUGCUACCCUUUCUAGGAUCCCAUCAAUGCGUCGAGGACACAUUAAUCAGAGGCAAACAUGUGCCAGCUGGAACAUUAGUCUUCGCCCAAAUCUGGUCGGUGAUGAAAAAUGACCCGGUUUUCAAAGACGCCAACAGUUUCAACCCCGACAGAUACCUUCAGUCGGACGGAAAAACGUUUGAUAAGGUUUGA